CAACAACAGGCGACACUUCUUCCCUUUUUUACGGAUUUCUACUAUGCUUGCAGUCACUGGCGGGUUUUUGGAUCAGGUGGCAUGAUGCCAAGCAGCGAAGAGCGAUGGCGCAAUGGAACGACUGCAGCUCAGGGUGCCCUGGGUCACUUGCUGGAGCGUAUCAACAAUGACUUUACGCAACAGCAUGACUCCCAGCACUAUCAGCCAGGAUUUGUACCUUCUGCCUCCCUCCCUGGACAACGGCUGGGCAGUCCCCCCUUACCAGCUUAGGCUCGCAGAUGUCCCCACUGCCACCCGCACAUGCCAACCUGGGCUCACAGGUCCCCCCUAUGCAAAUCCCUCACAGCAAUAUGGGGCCGCAGAUGCCCCCCCUGCAGCCACCAACCACUAGUACUCCAGGUGGUAUGCCCCUGGGCUCACAGCUCAGUGGUUCGGCCUCUAGGAGCUAUUCGGUCAGCCAGGACCUCUUCUCAGAGCUUGGUGGGGGGCGCAGCCCUCUCCUGAGGUCGUCCUCAGACCUUGGCCUCCGCGUGAAACACUACCAGGCUUCACAGGGUGUGCACUACAGUGAUGCCAGGAUGGAUGGUUUCAUGGACUCGAGUAUGGACUCCAUUGACAGUAUGCUAGUGGGUGGCCAUGAAUCGCCCUUCUUCCCUGAAGUGCAGAGGGGCCCCUCGUCAGGCACCUCAGGGACUCCUCCCCCCCCACCCCUUCAAGGUGACCCACAGAAUCUGCAGUCCUCCUACAGCCAGUCAGUCGGCUUCUAUCCCAGUGAACAUGACCGCAUGAUGGAUGAGGGCAGUGUCAACAACAUCACAGCAAAGCUCUCCAAUUUCACAGCCUCCCUGGGUAGCUGGUUUGGGCCUUUUGACCCCUUCCGCAGCAACUUGACAUCUGAUCAGACCAAGGGGCCUGUGGUGUCACAGGCUUCUCCUGUGGCUGUGAGCCGGACCCCGGUGCAGGUGACGAAUGAUGUUCCCACAGCUUCUCAGUGCAGCAACAGUAGCAGCAGUGGCAAGAGAAACUCCAAUGUAACAGCAUCUCAACCUGCACGAACCAACAAGCCAUCUUAUUCAGAUGUCCUGAGUAAGAACACGGUGCAGGAGGGAAAGCAGAGUGGCUCUGGGACAGGGGCAAGCAGUGGUAACAGUGGUGCAAACAGCAGCAGUGGAAGUGGUGGUGUCAGCAGUUACCCUCAGUCACCUUCCCCGAUCCCUGCCAAUCAGCCCCCUCAGUCCCCUUCACCUGGUCCAAUAACAACCCGUCCAGACCUACAGAAUCACAACCAGCAUGGCAGCAAUGUCAAGUCAAAGCAGAGGAACUCCAACAGUGGGAGCAGCAGUGGCAAUAAUGGUGGGAGUAGUGGCCACAGCAGCAGGUUCCUUAGCAAGGGUGACUCCCACAUUUCAUCCUCAAGAGUGGGACUAGAUGACUUUGACCUGAGUGACAUUGGACUAAGCAAUGGCCGCAUCAGUGCCUAUGAGCACUAUGAUUGGGGGGAGGGAAUGGACACGCUCAUAGGAAAUGGAUCCAUGUCAUACAGAUUGUCAGCAAGUAGUCCCACUCACCAAUCAAAAAAAUCAAGUUCUAAAGACACCAAGAAGAACACACCAGAGAAGACUAGUGGCAGCACACACCAUGAGGGCAACACGGCACGUGGGAAUGACCAGUUAAACAACAAGGUCAACUCCAAUCAGCAAAAGCAACCACCAAGGUAAGGCUUCUACUACUAUGU